GGUGCGACACCUUCGUUCGCCUGUACGGACCCCUUGGCAGACAAACCAAACUGCUCGUGCACUUGCACAAAUGGCAUCACCUUCGACCAACCUCUCUCUUUGGAUUCCCAGAACUGCCCGGGUACCCCUGCAUACGACUGCCAAGUGGAGAAAGACGAAUGCGCCAGGCAAGAACAAGUGUUGAAGGAUGAAAUCACCAAGAAAACGCAAGAGUAUAACGAAUGCAAAACGGAGCUUUCAAAAUGCGUGCCUGCACAGAUAAGAAGCCGCUACAGAUACAAAGGCUGCUUCCAAGUUACCCCGGGGAGCUUAUUCCUGCCAGGUACUAGAUCAUCAAGCGAUGUCAUGACAGUCGAGCUGUGUGCGGUGCAUUGUCAGGCUCACCGACACUUCGCUACGACAAACGCUAAUGUUUGCUUUUGUGGUGAUAAAGUCGUGGGAACGGCACCCGAGGUCAAGCAUUCAGACUGUAACAGCCCGUGCAUAGGUGACAAGACGGAGAUGUGUGGGGCUUUAUGGAAGUUCAGUUUGUAUACGAAGGUGGCCUGA